CAAUUUAAGAAUUCCUUGUUGAUUCAAGGAUGAUCAAGAAAGAGUUUUCUUUAUAAAUUAGAUCCAGCAUUAGAGUUAGAGAAUCGAUCGCAUUUUAUUUACGGAUCUGUUUAAGAAUUGGUGAUUUCAAUCACAGAGGGCGCUAGUAUAAACGACAAUCGGUCGAUGUGACGCUUUACGUUUUUACCUUUAACAGUUUAUACAUAAAAUUCCUAAUAUUUACUGGCAUUACUGCACAGAAAAAUUCGCUAUUGUUUUUCGUUUGAAUUCGAAAAAAAGAAUUGAAAAGCCAAUGUCAACUCCCCCAUUUGAGAAAGAAUGACCGACAAGACUGAAAAAAUAAAAUGCGACGAAGAAUUGUGUGUUGAAGAGUUUCCCACUGUAAGUGCUGCGAUCCAGCAUAAAUUUCGAAAACAUAGGCAGUCUAAUGUCAAACAUUAUUGCCCCUACUGUGGCAUGCAAUUUCCGAUUAAGUAUUGUAGAGACAAACACGUUCUCUCUCAUGAAAAUGAAGGAGGAAGCAGUGGAGUGCAUCAAUGUACAGAGUGUGAAGCUACAUUCUACAAUGAUACUGCUCUUCAGUAUCAUGCAAAAUCAAUUCAUAAUCGGGUUGUCAAACUCAUCAAAGCUAUUGAGACACCUCCUCCCAGUCGCAAAAUCAAGUGCAAUAAUGCCAAGGAACCUCAAAGUGUGUAUUACUGCCAUUUAUGUGGAUCUGAGUACAUUAUGAAAUACAAUCUUGAAGUUCAUCUGGAAAGACAGCACAAAGAAGAGGAAAGGAAUGCAUUGCCACAGGAAUUAAUCAAAUGCAAGAUGUGUGAUGCAUUAUUCUUCAAUAAGAGGGCCUAUGAAAAUCAUAACCUUUUCCAUAAAAGUGAUGAUGUCUACAUAGAAAAUGAACAACAAAGACAAACGUUGGUUACUCGAGUUGACCAAGAUUUCGAUAUUAGACGGGUUCAGACACAAGCUGAAAAAUUUCUACCCAAAGCGGAAACUCUCAGUCGAGGGCGCAAGAGAAAAGCUCAAACAAGCAAACAAAAAUCCUCGUCAGUUCGAUGGAAAUCAUCAGCUGCCGAGGCUGUGGAUGCUGGAAACGAUUCCGAUUGUUUGUCCAGUGCCAGUUCCGUCUCUGACAGUGAAGAAGAAGAGGACAAAACAUCAAAUAAUCCAGAGAAGAAACAAGUCAUUUGUGAAUAAAAAAAUAACAGUUCUGCUUACGUGAUGUACAUUUUUUGGUAAACACAGUGUGCUGCCGUGAUAGCCCAUUGGCUAUUAAUGAUCGCUCCUCCACAAAAAUGAGACAUUGUCCUUUGCCGGGCUUGUCCGCUUACGGCCAACGAUAGCUGCAAGGAUAUUUGCCACGUCACCUCUCCUACAGUUUCCGAUUAAGAACAGUGUAAAGGACAAUGCAUCUCGGAUAAAAUUGACUAUAAAUAUGUUGGAAAUAAAAUACCAUCUCUGACUUCUUCACCGUUGACGAUACGUGUUGGACGAAGUGCUGGUGCAUCCGCAAUGGAAACUGUAUCUACUCGUGUCGCGUAAUUCCAUAGGAGGAAAAUGAAAAUGAAACGGCACAUCACGACUUGGGUUACCUGAUCCUAGAUUUGCAGUGGCUUGGCGGAAUGUCACCGUCUGUAUAAAUGUAUGUGUGGAUUGACUGACCAAAUGAAGUUCUCUCACUGUUUUUUUUUUUUUUUUUUUUAGAUGUAUGUUUAAUCAUGAUUGGUCGCAACGUUGAAUACAAGUUCUGUUUCCCUUAU